GUGCUGCCUUCACAUGCCUGGAGACGGCGUUCCGACUCGAUGCUCUCCAUCGCCAGAUGAAGCUCCUGGGGGAGGACAACCCCGUCAGCAAGCUGCAGGUCAAACUGGAACCAGGGGUGAAUCCCAGCAACCUGAUGAACUUGUUCACCUACGAGAAGGGCUACUGCUUUGUCUACUACCUGUCACAACUCUGUGGAGACCCCCAGCACUUUGACUCCUUCCUUCGAGCCUAUGUGGAGAAGUACAAGUUUACCAGCGUCGUCGCCCAAGAUCUUCUGGAUUCCUUCCUGAAUUUCUUUCCUGAGCUGAAGGAGCAGAGUGUGGACAGCAAAGCAGGGCUGGAGUUUGAGCGCUGGCUCAAUGCCACGGGGCCUCCGCUGGCUGAGCCAGACUUAUCGCAGGGCUCCAGCCUGACCAGACCUGUGGAGACCCUCUUCCGACUGUGGACGGCGGAGCCCCUGGAGCAGGCAGCGGCUUCAGCCAGCAGCAUCGAUAUCACCAAAUGGAAAACGUUCCAGACUGUUCUCUUCCUGGAUCGACUCCUGGACGGGUCCCCACUGCCCCAGGAAGUGGUGAUGAGGCUCUCCAAGUGCUACUCCUCCCUCCUGGACUCCAUGAAUGCUGAGAUCCGCAUCCGAUGGCUCCAGAUCGUUGUCCGCAAUGACUACUACCCAGACCUCUACAAAGUGCGGCGGUUCCUGGAGAGCCAGAUGUCUCGUAUGUACACCAUCCCGCUCUAUGAGGAUCUUUGCACCGGGGCCCUCAAGUCCUUCGCUUUGGAAGUUUUCUACCAGACCCAGGGCCGGCUGCACCCCAACCUUCGGAAAACGAUCCAGCAGAUUCUGGCCCAGGGCCUGGCCUCUCCUGCCCCCUCGGACACCCCGACCCUGGCCAUUGCCACAGACACACCAGCCCUGCUGCUGGAGGACAAGCCCCCCGAAGCCACAAAUGGUGCCAUCUCUCUCAGGGACGUCAAUGUGUCUGCCUAGCCCCAGCCUCCCGUGCGGGCCCCGGCGGUAGUCUCUUGGUUCGGGAUCGCUCGGCGAUCCCAGCUUCCAAGCUGAAUGUGCCUUCCCAUACCCAUCCUGGAGGGGGCUCGGGCUAUUUUCCAAGCGUACGUUGGAAGGGGCUCCCUCCACUGGGCACCUAAACCCUCCCUGAGCCCAGAGCAGGGGCUCGUGGCCGGGGCUCCCCGAAAGGACUCCUUGGUACUCCGAGAAGUCUGGCCAGCCGCCGUCCAGGGAGGGGCUCUUGUCAAGGGGCAGUUGGCCACUUACCUCAGGGUUCAGGGUUGCUUAGGGGAUGGCAGGGAUUCCCUGCCCCUUGGGAAACAAGCAACCUCAUUACCACUUCUUGGGCUGGGAAAAAGCUAGGAGGGACUCCUGCGAAAGGGCGACCUCCCUCGAGCCUCGACCCUCCCAGACCGCCCCGAGUUCGCCCUUGUCCAGUCUGCGGCAGGAUGGGCCCAUCCUCCUGGGAGGGGGCCUCGUGUGUGUCUCAUGAUGAGGCUUUGGGGGCACAGCAGGUGAGAGCGGCCCUUCCCUUCUCCUC